AAACAUUUUCCCAUUGAGUCCAUUGAUUUGAAUUGUUUUCACAAAAUAUCUUUUAGUUAAUAAUAUUCUCCUAUAUUUGACACAAACACACGACUAUAAUGUUUAUAUUACUAAUGUGUUGUUUGUUCAGUGCGAUGGAAAUGGCCACUGAUGUCUUACCGACUAGCAUACCGAUGCUCACGAGCGAUCCCACGAGAAGUGCUAAUCUCAUUGACAUUAACCCAUCCAUUUCUGUAGAAAUACAGGCAACCCAUAUGGACACCACCGCCACGACAGUGACCCGGACACUGACACAGACAGUGACGGUGGCACAUCAUACCACUAUCAACAAUGGAUGCACUGGAUCCGUGUCGGUCACCCCGGAGCCCACGCCAGUCAUGCCAAUUGGAACCGCACCGACGGCCAUACCCGACGGCCUCCAAGUUAUGCCACUCAUCGAGUCGUUGGCCAUUGAUGUGACGGCAUUCACGACAUGCCAGUCCGCCUUCAAUUACGUGGACACACACCUGAACAUUGCCUUCAAUUAUAAGGAUCUACUGGGGCUGGGAUGUCGGGGCGUACACAUACUGUUCCGAGAGAUCCGACACACCCUUCAAACACAGCGCCUCCAGGCUGUCAUCGCUCGACAGGACCGGGAGAUCCGGGCCCUGAAGGCGCGCGCGGAUCGUAACCGUCGGAAAUGA